CUGGAUGUCCCUCCAAAAUAGGUGACAAGACGAGAAGAAAACUGUUUAGGGAAGCUGCAAAGAGGCCGCCGACAACAACAUUGGAGGAGCUGCAGGAAUUUCUGGUGGAGGGAAAUACGCACAAGUUGCAUUGCGCGUUUGCACAAAAUCUUCAGCUUUCUUCGAGAAAGCCGCCCACUGGAGUAAGUGAACUUUAUUUGGCGUUAAGAAUAUACCGAAGAAACUUCGUUCAAGAAGAACAGAAUGAGGAGGAGGAAGAUUUCGCCUACAUGGGACCACUUGAGAGCGAGGAAUUCGAAGCAGAGGACACUUGUGAUACUCACCUGAUUGAACAAACUGAGAGAGGAUUCCGUUGUGCCAUCGAUGUGCCAACUGUCCUGUACAAAUACAUCAUUGGGAAAAAGGGUGAAACGCGUAAGCGCCUGGAGUCGGACACAAAGACGUCGAUUAACAUCCCCAAGCAAGGGAUGGAAGGACAGAUAGUCAUCACAGGGCCACACAAAUCUGCGGUCUCCUCCGCCAUCACGAGAAUCGAGGUCCUUGUUGACAAUUUCCGGAAGAAGCAGCCUUUCACGCACUUCUUGUCAUUCCCCCUCAAUGACCCCAAAAUCCAAGAGGGAUUCUUGAGGUUUAAAGACGAUGUCUUGGAGCAAUGUUCACAGGAUCACGGACUAGAUGAAAGCAUCUUUCAGAACCCGGCAAAGCUUCACCUGACUAUCGGCACCCUCACGCUGUUGGACGAGUCGGAAGUGAGGAAAGCUUGCGGGCAUCUCCAGGAGUGUCAAAACUUUAUCAGGGACAUCACUGGAGGGAAGCCGUUGCCUUUACAGGUGGCAAGCAUCGAGUAUAUGAACGACGACCCAGCCAUGGUGGACGUCUUGUACGCUAAAGUCAACGUGACGGAUGGAUCCGAUAAAUUGCAGGUGAUUGCGGAUCGUCUGGUGGAAUAUUUUGUCUCCGUGGGACAGAUGGCAAGAGAGUGGGACAGAGUCAAGCUACACGGCACCGUGAUGAACACCCGGUUCAGAAAAGACACAACAGCGGAAGACGCCAGCGGUUUGUCAAGACAAGGCCCGAACGAACGAGAGGCGUUUGAUGCCAGAAAUCUAUUAAAGACGUUUGGAUCUUAUCAUUUUGGAGAACUGGAUCUGAACCGGGUGUCACUGUCGCAACGAUAUUCAGCCGACUGCACGGGCUACUACGCGUCUGCGGGAAGCAUCAGCUUCUGCUAAGGUAGCCUUGCGGACGGACUGUUCCAAGCAUUGAGUUAUUUGUAUUUCUUUUCUUUCCAGCGUGACACUGAGCCGUCAGACUGCAACGGUGCUCUGAGGGAUUUUGUUCAGCUGGCGAUAGCAGAGGCUGUCAUUUCCCCUUCUGAAAAAAAAUUUGACCUCCUUGUCAGAGGGACUUAAUAUCUAUCUGUGAUUUGGGAGCUCGCGUGGACUUGAUACAGACUAUUUUGAUCUCUGUGUUGGCUUCACCUGAAGUCCCACUUGGAAUUGCCGCGUGACCCAGAUUGAGUCCCAACUUUAGCAUCCAGCUGUCAGUGAUGAGUAUUCUCCGUUAGGACCUCGCCAAUGAAUUUCAACGUCGCCAAAGCACACACGCGCGUGUAAAUUGUCACCUGUGAUAAGAACGGUCGGUCUGGUGCAAGUUCUGAAACCUCUUUUCGCCACACAGAAGUUGCCUUUUUGGAUGUUGGGACCCAUCAGGAAGACGGCGAUGGGUUCAUAUCAAAAGAUGAUUUCACUCAUGCGAUUGAAUUGGAAAAUAGUGCAAUGAUAUCACGACCAGUCAACAUGGAAAUCACAUGUGAAGAAAGAGACAAACAUGUUUAUUAAA